CGAACAAGCCAAGGUCAAAACCAAAUAAGCAGUCCCAACAAACAAACAAAGGAAACAAAGGAGGGAAAUGGAAAAAGAAAAGAACGGGAACGGGAACUCGGAGGACGAGAAGACAAUGAAGACACUCGGAAUACGAGAAGGCUGGCUACAAGAAGGAUAAGGACUCCAUACAAACAACAGGAAAAGACUGGAAUAUAUAGGGAGGCUAAUGACAAUAGAGUGCCUGCACCUGGUGCAAUUAACAGGAGUGCAAUUACUGUGAAGACAGGACCAGACUAGAGGAAUUCUAGUGCCUACGGUGAAGUGCCUAAGGGGAAGUGAGCCCAGUAGUGGACAACCAGAGAAACAGAGACUAGACAGCUUGACAUAACGUUAGGCCUAAUGUACAUAACGUAGUCUAAUGGAGUUAGAUUAAGUCCUUAUAAUGUCUCUUAUAAAGUCCUUAAUAGCAACAUAAACGAAGAUUAAUAUAGCAUAAUACAAUACCUCGGCCACACACGCUUAUCAAAUCUCGUUGUCAUUAAUGUAUGGCUGUUAAUUACUGAUAGUUUUCUCUUGACUGUAUAGUUAAUUUUUAUGUACAUUCAUUCAUACAAACCUAUGUAAUAUUUAAGUGAUUAUUUAUUUUUUCUCCCUUAUACAUUCUCAGAUAUUAAACCAUAUACCAUAUAUAUAUUUUUUUCAACUUUAGUUUUAAUCCAUUAACAUAAUGUUUGUCUUCUCUCUUUUGAGUAUUGAUUGCCAUCUAGUCCUGAUUUCAGAGUUAAGCUCCAGUCUCAAUCCUAUAUUGCUGAAGCAGGUGAUCGAGGUCUUCAGGAUCACCACACACUUCAGACAGGUGUGUGGACAGACUGCAGAUAAACUCGGCAGGACGCUGGUCUUCCAAGACAUCACUGUUUUUUGUGUCAGAUGCAGAUAAAGAGUCACUAGGAACAGGUCACUGCAUCUUUUUGUAAUGUGAUCGAGGUCUUCAGGAUCACCACACACUUCAGACAGGUGUGUGGACAGACUGCAGAUAAACUCGGCAGGACGCUGGUCUUCCAAGACAUCACUGUUUUUUGUGUCAGAUGCAGAUAAAGAGUCACUAGGAACAGGUCACUGCAUCUUUUUGUAAUGUGGGUUUUUCUUUGGAAGAAAGGAUAUCAGGAGACCGACGAAGUCAUCCAGAGUUCUGUGAUCACCAAACUCAAGGGUGUAGAUCUCACCAACAGCUCUCAGUUUGGUCUGCAUCUAUGGGGUGCAGAGGACUAUGUCAUUCCCCCACAUGGGGACAGAGUCUUCUUUAUUGUGACAAAUUAUGUAGUGACACCCAACCAGAAGCUGGGUUACUGCCCUGAGAGUCCUAAAGUGCCAGAUGGUUUUUGUACUCAUGACAGUGAAUGUGUGGAAGGGGAAACUGUCAUAGCAGGCCAUGGAGUGAAGACAGGUCGCUGUAUAAACGACACAAGAACGUGUGAGAUUCAUGCCUGGUGCCCUGUUGAGCAUAGCAGAACACCAUCGCAGCCAUUGCUGGCAAAGGCAGAAAACUUCACAAUCUAUGUAAAGAAUUUCAUCAAGUUUCAAAAGUUUGCCUUCUCCAAAUCGAACCUCUUGCCUACAACCAACAGCACUUAUCUGAAAAUGUGCAGAUAUGAUAAGGACCAUCACCCCUAUUGUCCCAUCUUUGGUGUGGGAGAUGUGAUUAACUGGACUGGACACAGUUUCCAGGAUUUGGCAACAAAGGGUGGUUCAAUUGCAGUUGGAAUCGAAUGGAAUUGUGAUUUGGAUAAAGAUGAAUCUCAAUGUAACCCUGAAUAUAGCUUCACACGCUUAGAUUCCUUUAAAAAUUCCAAGAACUCUGCCAUUUCGGGAUACAACUUCAGAUUUGCUCGAUACUACAAUGAUGCAGCAGGUCAAACCUAUCGCAAUCUGUUUAAAGUGUAUGGCAUUCGCUUUGAUAUAUUAGUUAAUGGAAAGGCUGGGAGAUUCAGUAUCAUUCCUACAGUGAUCAGCAUUGGCUCUGGGCUUGCUUUAAUGGGUGCUGGGGUUUUUGUCUGUGACAUGAUUCUUCUUUACAUGAUGAACAAAAGCUCCUUAUACCGAGAGACAAAAUUCGAGGCAGUCACAAAAAAGCAAUCUGGAAAGCAGAGAGAGAGAAAGCAUGUGAGACACCACUGUCAUCAUCACCAAGAUGGGCGGCACAAGAGAGAGGAGAAACAGGGAACAGAGAUGCAGCCAUUGACAUCAGUGUCAUGUCAGCCCAAUAACAACCCAGAGAAACAGAUCCAGCCCAUAGGCUCAGCACUCAAAACCCACAGUUCUGAGAGAAAGCCACAGGGCACAGUGUCAUUCAGGACUCAGCAUGCUACCGAAAAACAGACCAUUUCUCCCGUUUCCACCCUGAGAACACCACGCAACCAGUAGAGGAUUUUUUGAUGCUGAAUCCCAUUGGAUUUACUGUAUGUAUGAAAGGAGGUAUUAUAGCGGGUCUAUUCUCAGUCAUACCAAAGAGGAAUACUGCCAGUUGUGUUAUGUUCUCCUAGUGUUUUAAAUGGCAAUGGAAGUUUUUGUUACAAAGUAUUUGAAAUAAGAUGAAUAUAAAUGAUUUAAUAAAUAUGGCCUGACAUCAAAAAUUGUCAAAGCAAGGUUGAAUAAAUGUUAACAUAUUUGAC